AUGCUGACAUGCAUUGACCGUUUUACUCGGUGGCCGGUCGCUGCGCCCAUUCCGGACAUCAGUGCCGAAACCGUUGCAAGAGCUUUCUUGACUCAUUGGGUGUCCAAUUUUGGAGUUCCUGCGACUGUCACCACUGACCGCGGAUCCCAAUUCGAGUCCACGCUGUUUCGCGAACUCACAUGCCUUCUCGGCACCAACCGUAUCCGAACAACAGCGUACCACCCUCAAGCAAAUGGUCUUGUCGAACGCUUCCAUCGACAGCUUAAGACUUCCCUUAUGGCCCAGCCCGAUCCUUCCCGAUGGUCUGAAUACCUUCCCUUGGUGCUGUUGUCCCUCCGUUCCACUCUCAAGGCCGACAUCGGUUGCACUGCAGCUGAUCUUGUCUACGGAACCUCCCUACGACUGCCCGGUGAGUUAGUGUCUCCCUCAAACAUGCUAACGUUUUUCGAACCUUGCGGUUAUGUGGAGCAACUACGUAGUGCCAUGCACAAUCUCCGCGCAACGCCCCCUCGGGCGUCACCGGCCAAUUCCUUCAUCCCUUCCGACCUGGAUAAGUGCGAUUUCGUCUGGGUUCGGCAUGACGCUGUCCGACGACCACUCCAACCACCCUAUGACGGGCCGUAUAAAGUCCUUCGUCGAUCUGACAAAGACGUUGUCAUCGACCGCAACGGCAAGACCGACACAGUCAGCAUUGAUCGCGUCAAGCCGGCGUCCAUCGACGACAGUGACCUUUCCUCACCCCAACACUGUGCCCCGCCGCAAACAGUGGUGCCUCCACCUUCUGGCGACAGUCCCCCUCCGGUUCGCCGCACACGAUCUGGCCGUCACGUCCACUGGCCCGACAGGUUUGUGGCUGGUUAG